AUGCCGUCGCCAGACCAGCUGCAGCUCCCGAAUCCUGCCGGCCCCAGUGGCCAGGGACAACCCCCCGGCACCGGCAACGGCCCUGGAGUGCCUUCAACGCCGAGUUACUAUGCCUUUGGCUCGUCUGCACCACGCCACUAUGCCCGGCCACCGGGUAACCGCAAUUGGCAGCCAGCGUCGUACGCGAUUAUGCGCAUGCCGCCGACAGAACAGCCGUUCACCGACGACAUGCGAGAGCUCCAGGCCCGGGGCAAGGAUCCGUACGAGUUGACGCGUCGCAACGAGCCCUACUACGAAGACCGCCUGGCGAGCUUGCGUGCCGCCGACCGCAGGCCCCCCGGUGCCGGCCCCGUCCACCACAUGUCGCCCAACUUUGUGCGCCCGCCGUCGCCCGGGCCCCAGCUGCGGCCAGAAGAGGCGCCGCUCGACAAUUUUGCCCAGCUCGAGCGCCGCCGGCAUGCCACGACGGUGCUGGACAGCCCGGAGCUGCUCAUGAUGUACGCCCUGAGCUUGAACGAUUCCAUCCCCGCGGUGCGCAUGACAUUUAUGCACAUCAUGUGCGGCUACGACACCGACACGAUGCUGUCGCCGUCGUCGGUAGCGGCCGGCUCGUCGUCCCACGGCCAACACGACCCAACCGGCACGGCCAAGCAGCAGAGGGCCGGCUAUGGCAAGGACGGCGGCAGCAGUCGAUCCGGUCGUAGCAGGACGUCCAGGCAGUAA